AAUACAUAGGUACUUGCAUUUGCCGUGGCCCGUGUCUUCACCUAGCUACCUAAGACCUAAUAAGGUUUCAUCUCCCAUCUCAAAAAACCUCCCGUCCCCCCUCUAACUAACUGUUCAUCCCCCUUUCCCUUUCCCUUUCCCUAUCAUCUGCCAUGCCCUCCACCGAGCGCGAUCCCCUCCUCGCAAGCACCGCCAGCACACCCACCACCAGCACCACCACCAGCACCCGUCGCCAACCUCCCCGCAACAGAGACAUGUACUGGACCCUCGCGUGCCUCUACGGCGCAUCGGCCGUCGGCCUCGGCGCCUUCGGCGCGCACGGCCUGAAGAAGACCAUCUCGGACCCGGCGAGGCUCGCCAACUGGGCCACCGCGGCCCACUACCAGCUCGCGCACUCGGCCGCCCUGCUCGUCGCCGCCCAGGCCCAGAACCAGAACCAGAGUCCUGUCGCCUGCGCCCUGUUCUCCGCCGGCAUCGCCGCCUUCAGCGGCAGCUUGUACCUGCUCGUCCUCAACCCGGCCCGCUUCCGCUUCCUCGGCCCCGUCACGCCGCUUGGCGGUUUGUGCUGUGCGUCCUGAACCUCCCCUUCCCCCUUUCCCCCUUCCCCCCUGCCUCUGUGCUUCUUGAUUUCCUGGCAAGUUUUAUAUAUAUGUUAUGUUAUGUCAUACCAGGCUAGGUACUAAUUCCCGCUCGCGUGUGAGUAGUGAUUGGCGGCUGGGUUGCGCUUGCUCUGAAGUAAAAAGAGAGCUGGUCUUUGCAAUCUAAUAGGUACCUGUUAUAUAUGAUUUGUACUCUACGCUCGUCUUAGCUUAUGAUGUUGUACCUACCUAACCUGUCUUGUCCGAGGAGGGCUCAUAAGAAGAAGGAUAGUAACGUAUAACCGGACUUACCAGUACGAGUACAGUCUCGUUGUAGGCAUGCUUGCCGCCCUCUAAAUGAUGAACAUCGCCGCUCUAAAAUGAUGGGAGCCUAGCAAUUUUUGCGUGUUCCUUCUAUAGGAUUAAUGUGAAGCUUCAUACAUAUCAUCUACUGGCUGAGAAUUUCAACUUGUGGGCUCAAAACCAGGAGUGGCAUUGCGUGGAAACUAGAUGAAAAGCGUCGAGGCAUAUGCUUAAUAACUAUUAUCCGCACACUUUCAUACAGCUAUA